UGCUUGCGAACGGCAGAAGCAGCUCAGGGUCUCUCCGCCGCCCCUUGGCCAUGGCCGCGCUGCCGACCGCGCCCGCUCCCCUGCGCGCCCGGGGCCCCCGCCGCUGCCGCCGCAGCCGCCGCGCCCUCUGAGCCCGGGGGGCCGCCGCCCGGAUCCCGCCCGCCAGCCGCGCCGCGCACCAUGCUACCUGCGGCCGCCCGGGCGAGGCCGUUCGCUGCUCGUGGAACCCUCGCUCGCGGCGUUGACAGCCACCCUCGCGGAGCCGCCGCAGUUCAGGGCUCGGACAAUCUGAAAGUACAGUAGUUGGUCCCUGUCCGCCCGACCUCUUCGCUUGCCAUCCAGCACGCCUGUCGGAUCGAAGUGGAGAAGUCCGCUGCUUCGGUCCUCACUCUUUUGCUCUCUAACACCUACAUUUAUUUCUAAAACACUCAAUAUAAUUAACAAUCAAAAGAAAAAGGAGAAAAGGAAGGGAAACAUUACUGGGUUACUAUGCACUUGCGACUGAUUUCUUGGUUUUUUAUCAUUUUGAACUUUAUGGAAUACAUCGGCAGCCAAAACGCCUCUCGAGGAAGGCGCCAGCGAAGAAUGCAUCCUAACGUCAGUCAAGGCUGCCAAGGAGGCUGUGCAACGUGUUCAGAUUACAAUGGAUGUUUGUCAUGUAAGCCCAAACUAUUUUUUGUUCUGGAAAGAAUUGGCAUGAAGCAGAUUGGAGUGUGUCUCUCUUCAUGUCCAAGUGGAUAUUAUGGAAUUCGAUAUCCAGAUAUAAAUAAGUGUACAAAAUGCAAAGCUGACUGUGAUACCUGUUUCAACAAAAAUUUCUGCACAAAGUGUAAAAAUGGAUUUUACUUACACCUCGGGAAGUGCCUUGACAAUUGCCCAGAAGGGUUGGAAGCCAACAACCAUACCAUGGAGUGCGUCAGCAUUGCGCACUGCGAGGCCGGUGAGUGGGGCCCUUGGAGUCCAUGCGCAAAGAAAGGAAAAACGUGUGGCUUCAAAAGAGGAACUGAAACCCGGGUCCGAGAAAUAACACAGCAUCCAUCAACAAAGGGUAACCUGUGUCCCCCUACCAGUGAGACAAGAAAGUGUACAGUGCAAAGAAAGAAGUGUCAGAAGGGAGAACGAGGAAAAAAAGGAAGGGAGAGAAAAAGGAAAAAAAUUAAUAAAGAAGAAAAUAAGGACGCAAUACCUGAUAACAAAGGUCUGGAACCUAGCAGAGAAACUCCAGAACAACAAGAAAACAAAGACAAACAGCAGCAGAAGAAGCGGAAGGUCCAAGAUAAACAACAGAAAUCGGUAUCAGUCAGCACUGUACACUAGAAGGUCCCAUGAGAUUUUUAUAGACUCAUGAUGCUGCUAUCUCAACCAGAUGCCCAGGACAGGUGCUCUAGCCAUUAGGACCACAAAUGGACAACGUAUCAGCUACUGCUCAGUCUAAACAACAUUCUGAAAAGUUGCUAUAUUCUUCAUACAAGCAUAGUUAACAACAAAGAGCCAAAAAUUCAAAGAAGGGAUGCUUUCAAAUGGCUACCUUACAUGCUUCUGUGCAUUUUUAAGAGACAAUAAAUUUUGUACAUAACUUUCAAUAGGCAGGAAGAUAUAAGCAUAAGGAUGACAUCUAGAGAAGUAACAUCAUUUCCCUAUAAAAAGGUUUUUUCAAGCUACUGCUUUAAGAAGCAAAAGAUAGUUUUGCAAAUUCAAAGAUGUAGUGUCCCUUCAAAACAAAGGAGAGAUGUGGGGAGAGAAAUAUCUUUCAAAGGACAGUGUUGUUUUGUCCACAAGAUCUAGAAAGUGCUCAGAUGUUAGGGCCCGGCAUUUGGAAUCCUAGGAAUUACCGCCACAGAAACAACUGUUUUAAGAUUGGUUCUUUUGCCCUCAUCCUGUCCUUCAGCAAGAAGCAUGAGAGUUACAUACAACAGAUGGGAUUGGAGAAAAGCAAAAUGUGGAAGAAAGCAUAGAGUUGGAGAUAAUUUUUGUGCUGUACAAAAACUGUGAAGGGUUGUGAUUACCUGGAACAGGUCUCCAAUCUAUAUCAGCACUGUGAGGUUCAGCCUCUGCUACCCUUGGGUUAUAUAAGUCUGUAAACAUGUACCUGUAACUACUCCCAGAAACAAAAGCAUACUUAUUAGAAGAAAAUUCUAAUGUCAUAGAAAACAAAAACUAGAGCAAGGAGAAAAUAACAUGUUUGCAAAGUCAUGAGUUUUCUUUCUCAACUGAGGGAAAAACAAUUUUGUUACCUGCUUAAUGGUCCAUCUGGAACUAAAAGGGAUACUACUUUCUAAUAAGGUGUAUCUAGUAGGGGGGAAAGCCACCACAAUAAAUAUAUUUGUUGAUAGUUUUUAAAA